CGCGGCGAUGAGGCGGGCCCCCGGGCUGCCGGCGGCCGCUGAGGGGUCCACAGCCCGCGGGGCGGGGCGCGAGGGCGGGACGGGGCCGGUGCCGCGCGCUGGGAUUUUUAAAUGUCCCGCUCGAAGCCGGGCGCAGGAGCAGCCGGCUCGGCAGCCAGCGCGGUGUAGGGGGCAGGCGCGGAUCCCGCCAGCGCCGCGCGCUCGGCCGCCGCCUCCCGCCUCCUGCUUCCCGCCAGCCGUCGGCCUCCUGCCCGCUCGAGCGCGCCUGCCUGCGGCGGACACAGCUUCGGGUCUGAGUUUCGAGCUCUAGCCCUGAGCCAUGCCAAGGGAAAGGAAGGAGAGAGAUGCAAAGGACCACGGCAACAUGAAAGACGAAGGUGGCCCCGACUUCGCAGUCCGCUCCAGAAAAAGGAAGGCAAAUGUGGCCGUUUUUCUUCAAGAUCCAGAUGAAGAAACUGCCAAGAUUGACAAGACUGUGAAAAGCCAGGAUAGCAGUCAGCCUUGGGAUGAUAAUUCAGCAUGCGUGGACCCCUGUUCUUUCAUCCCUACCCCUAACAAAGAAGAGGACGAUGAGCUUGAAUACCCCAAGACUGCUUUUCAGCCUCGGAAAAUUAGACCACCCAGAGCCUCCCCACUUCCUGUCUUGAACUGGGGCAACAGAGAAGAGGUUUGGAGGAUCAUGUUAAACAAGGAAAAGACUUACCUAAGAGAUGAGCACUUUCUGCAGCGCCAUCCCCUCCUGCAGGCAAGGAUGCGUGCAGUCCUUCUGGAUUGGCUAAUGGAGGUGUGUGAAGUCUAUAAGCUCCACAGGGAGACAUUCUACUUGGCACAGGACUUCUUUGAUCGUUACAUGGCGUCACAACAGAAUAUCAUAAAAACACUUUUGCAGCUUAUUGGGAUUUCAGCCUUAUUUAUUGCUUCUAAACUUGAGGAAAUCUACCCUCCAAAGUUGCAUCAGUUCGCUUAUGUUACAGAUGGUGCUUGCUCCGGAGAUGAAAUUCUUACCAUGGAAUUAAUGAUGAUGAAGGCCCUUAAGUGGCGUUUGAGCCCUCUGACCAUUGUGUCCUGGCUGAAUGUUUAUGUCCAAGUGGCCUAUGUCAAUGACACGGGGGAAGUGCUGGUACCUCAGUACCCACAGCAGGUCUUCGUGCAGAUCGCAGAGCUUUUAGAUCUCUGUGUCCUGGAUGUUGGCUGCUUAGAGUUUCCUUAUGGUGUCCUCGCUGCUUCUGCCUUGUAUCAUUUCUCCUCGUUGGAGUUGAUGCAGAAAGUUUCAGGAUAUCAGUGGUGUGACAUAGAGAAGUGUGUCAAAUGGAUGGUUCCAUUCGCCAUGGUUAUCCGAGAGAUGGGAAGUUCCAAGCUCAAGCACUUCCGAGGAGUUCCCAUGGAAGAUUCCCACAAUAUCCAGACCCACACCAACAGCUUGGAUUUGCUGGACAAAGCCCAAGCCAAGAAAGCCAUGUUGUCAGAACAAAACAGGAUUUCUCCUCCUCCCAGUGGGGUCCUGACACCCCCACACAGCAGUAAGAAGCAGAGCAGUGAGCAGGAGACAGAAUGACCAGACUUGCCAUCACCUCCAAAGACAGUGGUGUAGAAGCAGCUGCCUGGAGCUCCUUGUGCUGCCUUGGAGGUCGGGAGGCCCUGCAGAUGCUCUGUGGAAAAGUGCAUCCCUUCAGAGCAAUGGGGGUCUACACAAUGCCUUGGACGGAAGUGCUUUUAUUGAAUGCUAGGUGUUUUAACUAUAGGGUCAAGUACACCAGCCACCUCCAGAACACCACUGAGUGCUCCAGAAGCUGCUAAGGAAGGUGCUACUUGACUCAUUGGACUCUUCACACAGAUGACAAAAGCUUGAAAUUAAGGAGGCCACGUCGCUGCUGGCCUCUGCUCGGGUGUUAUGGGUUGCUGUUGCAUAGGGUGGGACAAGUGGUUGUGAGUAAGCAUGGGAUGCAGUGCCACAGCCUGGGCUACGCUACCCUUUUCCACUGUCAGCUGACAGCAUGUCCUGCCUUUCAUGAACUCUUGUUUUGUAAGUGCUGCUAUGUCUAUCAAUUUUUAAUAAAGAUAAUACUAUCUUUGAAGCAGCUUUUUUAUUCUGUCUGGUAAUAGAACCUAGAAGCCUUU